AUGUUCCGCAAUCGAAGGGUGGUUGCCGUGGCGGAGAAGGAGGCGAGCCCGCGCGCGGAGGUGGCGAUGACCAUCUCGGUGGAGGAGCUCCGGCUGCUGCUCAGGUCGGACGUCGAGGAGGUCAUCCGGGCGGAGCUCUCGGCCGCCAGCGUGGUGCUGGGGCCGGCCGGCCGGCGCUCCGCGGGCCUCGGCCGCCAGCGGUCGCGGGGCGACAGCGACUCGAGCCCGCCGGUCUCCGGGCGCCGGGCGCCUGGCAGCGACGCCGGGCCGCUGAUGCCCAUGGAGGUGGGCAUGUCGCGCUCGAAUGCGGAGUCGAGCACCUUUCUGCAGAGGUGGGGCCCCGGGAACGACAGCCCCGCGAUGUACGAGCUCCUUGCGCACGAGCCCGAGGACACGUUGGAGAGCCAGGCCAGCACCGUUUUGCCGAACAUGGGCUGGUGCACGACGAGGGUCGUCAGGUGCGUGAGCAGUCUGUGGAGCUUGCAGGAGCCGCCUCGGACGUGGUGCCUGGCACGCUUCGUCCGCAGCUCGCAGUUCCAGACCUUCUUUGCGCUGGCCAUUGGUGUCAACGCUGCUUUCAUGGUCUACAGCGUGAACAGAGACAUGACGUCUGUUUCUCGCCCCGAUGGCAAUACCCCGCCAUGGAUGAGCUACGCGGAUGUUUGCUUCCUGAGCUUGUACUGCGUGGAGCUUGUGUGCAAGCUGGCAGUGCACCGGCUGUUCUACUUCUGGAACGAGGACAUGGCUUGGAAUUGGCUGGACUUCCUCCUCAUCGCCCAGAGCCUUGUUGACGCCAUGUCCGCGAGCAGUGCGCGUGGCGGCGGAAACACGUGGAUGCGCACCAUCCGUCUCUUCCGAGUUGCCAAGGUGCUGCGGAUCUUGCGUUUCGUCAAGGUCUUCACGCAGCUUCACCUGAUCAUGAGCGCGAUCCUGGGGUCGCUCCUUCAUUUGUUCUGGAGCAUGAUGGUGUUCGCAAUUCUGUUCCUGAUGUUCUCCCUGUACUUCGUCUCGUCAGUGGCCGCCUACCUGAAAAGCACCGAGGGCAGAGACAAACACGUGGCAGAACCCCUUUUGCAAUAUUUCGGCUCAGUGCAGGGCAGCAUGACGACUCUCUUCAUGGCCUUGUCUGGGGGGGCGGACUGGGGA